AUGAAGUCAAGUGAGCCACCUCCAGACGGUCCAAGGCCAGAAGCCGGAGCCGAGGAGGUGGGCGAUGCACCGCAGGCGCACGAGCGGAUUAGCCGCAUCCUGGACAUUGUGAACGGGAGCUCCAAGGUGCAGAAAGCGCCGUCGACUGGGCGGAAGAAGGCACAGAGCAAACAGCACGGCAAAUCUCGCAAGGAGGAGAACGUGCCUUCUGAAGGAGGCCCAGCACCGGCCAAGAGCACGGAGAAAGGCCAAGGAAAGGGCAAAAUCGCCGGCCUUCCGCCUGACAAAGGCGGCAACAGUGCAGUUUUGCAGAUCAGAGGCAAAUCAGAGGGCGCGCAGCCUUCAGACGGUGACGGCAAGGGAAAGGUGUGGAUCAAGAAGAGUGCCAUUGUGAAGGAGGAGAGCAACGGGAGGACGGGCCUGAGUGCCCACGCCAAGGAGUUCACUCCCUUCGCAACAGAGCUCAAGCCAAGCAGAUCAGCCAUCAACGCCGAAGCGCCGGCAUUUGUACCUCAGCUUGAGGUCUCCAAGUAUCCCAACGAAGCGCCGGACCUCUACAUGGAGGCAGAGGCUGUCUUCGGAUAUCCGGAGCAUGGCGAACAUUUCGACCACUUCCAGGAUCCAGGCCUGACGCGAAAGCCCUUCUUCCCAUGGAGCAAUCCCCGGAUGCACAAAUUUGACUAG